UUGACACUAGCUGGGCUCCUCGGGGCGCGCCCCAGGUGGUCCGAAGCCUGGUCCGCCCUCCAGGUGUCCACGCAGGUGUCCCGCGCGCCCGGGUCAGUCAUGUCGUCCUGCAGCCGCGUGGCGCUGGUGACCGGGGCCAACAGGGGCAUCGGCUUGGCCAUCGCGCGCGAAUUGUGCCGACAGUUCUCGGGGGAUGUGGUGCUCACCGCGCGGGACGUGGCGCGGGGUCAGGCGGCCGUGCAGCAGCUGCAGGCGGAGGGACUGAGCCCGCGCUUCCACCAACUGGACAUCGACGACCUGCAGAGCAUCCGCGCCCUGCGCGACUUCCUGCGCAAGGAGUACGGCGGGCUCAAUGUGCUGGUCAACAACGCGGCAGUCGCCUUCAAGAGUGAUGAUCCAAUGCCCUUUGACAUUAAAGCCGAGAUGACACUGAAGACAAAUUUUUUUGCCACUAGAAACAUGUGCAACGAGUUACUACCGAUAAUGAAACCUCAUGGGAGAGUGGUGAAUAUCAGUAGUUUACAGUGUUUAAGGGCUUUUGAAAACUGCAGUGAAGAUCUGCAGGAAAAGUUCCACAGUGACACACUCACAGAGGGAGACCUGGUGGAUCUCAUGAAAAAGUUCGUGGAGGACACAAAAAAUGAGGUGCAUGAGAGGGAAGGCUGGCCCAGCUCACCUUACGGAGUGUCCAAGUUGGGGGUCACGGUCUUAUCGAGGAUUCUGGCCAGGCGUCUGGAUGAGAAGAGGAAAGCCGACAGGAUUCUGGUGAAUGCGUGCUGCCCAGGACCAGUGCAGACAGACAUGGAUGGGAAAUACAGCAUCAGGACUGUGGAGGAGGGGGCUGAAAGCCCUGUCUACUUGGCCCUCCUGCCUCCAGAUGCCACUGAGCCACAAGGCCAGCUGGUCCAUGACAAAGUUGUGCAAAACUGGUAAACAUCUGCUUCGGAGCUUGAUGCUUAAUAAAGGUUGGUGGAAUGAAUGAAUGA